AUGCCAAUGGUUCGGUCUCACGCUCCUUCUGCGGCCCAGGGCUGGAGCACGGGCAAGUCGAAGGCAAAGGGAAGCUCGCUCAAGUCGGCCCUGGCUGCGAGGCAGAAGAAGCCCACUGGCGACGCGGCCAAGGCCAAGGUCGGCCCGGGGGAGCUCGCGGAGGAGCCGCCGCCGACCCCCCCGGCGCUGGCCGCGGAGCUGCCCUCGAGGACGCAGCACCUGCUCCCGGGCGACCCGGGGCCCCCCGGCGGCGGGGCGCGGCCGCCGCAGGUCGAGGAGCUCAACCAAGCAGUUGCUGAGUUGGAGAUCAAGCUUGGUGACAAAAAGUCGGCGCUCGUUCAGGCCAACACGGAGCUGCAGAACAUCCGGUCUGAGGUGCACCUGGCUAGGACCGCUGUACUCGCCGCCACCGCCCAGCCCGUGGGAUCAGAUAUACCGUCGGUGCAGGAAGCCAUGGGUCGCCUACAGACGGUUUUCUUGAAGAAGGCGCCGCUGGAGCUCUCAUUGAUGCAUCUCAGGAGCUUCAUGUUCGAGGGGACCAGCGGCUACAGGCAGAAGAAUGGUGCCAACGUGCUGAGCGACAGUGCUUUUGUGGAACGCAUCGACGGCCACCUCAUCGUUGCUCCGCUUGGAUCUCAUCGAGUGGCGGCAAAUGGCACGUAUACUUUUCUGGACUACUGGCUCGCCAGCGAUGCCCUUGCGGCGGAGAUGUCAGAGGUAGUCUACUACAUCACGUGCUUCUUCGCGCAGCCGUCCAUGUACCACGUGACCUUCCUCCGCACCCUCUGCGUCACCCUGCUCGGACUCGUGCCGAGCGCCAUGCUGCAUGCCAGGUGCACGUGGAAGGGCCAGAACGCGAUGCCUCCAGCUUAUUUGUUCAGAUGCUGCAGGGAGCCCAUAGGUGCGCGGCUGCUGGAGCCCAGGUGGCGGACGACCUUGGAGCGGAUCGUGCAGUUCGCGGCGGCGGACAUGGACCUGCUCUCCUUCGGCGCCGACCCGAACGUGGCCAGGACGCGCGUCGCGCAAGGCAAGGCCGCCCACAAGGCGGAGCCCAUCCGUGUGGGAUCACAGGCCCGGCGCGACGGGGGGCCAGAGGCGCGGCGAGAGCAGGGGGCGGAGCGCGAGGAUGGCGGCUGCGGCGAACGUGGCGACGAGGACGGCCUGAGGCUGGCCGCGCCCGCCGGGCAGCCGGGCGCCGCGGCGCCCGCGCGCCACCUCGGCGCCGCCGCGGGGCUGCGCGCGGGCGCGGGCGCCCCCGCCGCGGCGGCGGCGGCGAGCGCGUUCUCCGGCGCCACGCCGCCGCCUCGGAGCAUUCGGCUGCUGCCGUCCUUGCUGCUGAGCGCCCGCGCCACGGUCAGCGUCUGCGCCGCGGUGGCGCGGCGCGCCAAGGCCCCCGUGUCGGAGUACGGAGCGCCGAGCGGCGUGCGCAACUUCCAGGAGAUGACGCUGGGCUUCACCUCCGACAUCGCCAGGAACAACCUCGGGGAGUCCUUCUACCGCCCGUGGGUGCCCUUCGUCACCACGAUUUUCCUCUUCAUCUUCGGCUCCAACUGGUCGGGCGCGCUCGUGCCCUGGAAGCUCCUCGAGCUGCCGGAGGGGGAGCUCGCGGCCCGAGCCUCGGGCGGCGCCUGCCCGGAAGGG